AUGCCUUCCUACGUCAUUACCGGGGCCUCUCGCGGGAUUGGGUUCGAGUUUCUUCGCCAGCUUUCAGCUGAUCCAGAUUCGACUGUAAUCGGCUUGGUGCGCGAUAAGGAAUCAACUGAGGAGAAGGUCCAAAAGGAGCUACGCCGAGACAAUAUCCAUCUGAUCAAGGCAGACCUGAAAGACCAUGAUUCGUUGAAAAAAGCCGCCGAAGAAACUGCCAGUAUCACAGGGGGAGUGCUGGAUUAUCUUAUCGCCAACGCCGCUUACUUCUCUACCAAGGCCGGCUGGUACACUAUUGGCGAUCUCAUCGAAUCGCCAGGACAGUAUGCCCAGGACUUGAACGAAAGUUUCCAAAUCAACGUGGUGGGGAACAUCCAACUCUUCAACGCUUUUAUUCCUCUCAUCUCGAAGGGCGAGGUCAGAAAAGUCAUUGCUUUAGGUUCUAUGAGUGCCGACAUAGACCUCACCGCCAAGUAUGAUCUAUCUACAACCGGCCCGUACUCUAUAAGCAAGGCCGCCUUGAAUAUGGCAGUUGCAAAGUACAGCGCCGAGUUUCGAGAAAAGGGCAUCCUCUUCAUGAGCAUUGCACCAGGUGCUACGGAUACUUUCAGUAGCACGAAACUCUCUGAUAAGGAACAAAAAAACAUGGAAAUCGAAAUACAGAAACUUAUGGGCUAUGCACCGCACUUCACCGGUUUGGCCUCUCCUGAAAGCGCUGUGGCACUUGUAAGGAAAGUCAUGGAGAAUGCUAGUCUUGAGAACGGCGAUGGUGGGACCUGGGUUUCUCAGUUUGGCAACAAGCAGUGGCAGUGA